AAUGUUGAGGGCCUGACCCAUUUUGAUGAGAUUCUACGAGAACCUGAUGGUAUUAUCCUAUCUCGUGGUAAUUUGGGCAUUGAUCUUCCACCAGAGAAGGUGUUCUUAUUUCGAAAAUCUGCCCUAUACAAGUGUAAUAUGGCUGGAAAACCUGUUGUACUUACACGUGUUGUGGAUAGUAUGACUGACAACUUAAGACCCACUCGUGCUGAAGCUACUGAUGUUGCCAAUGCUGUUUUGGAUGGCAGUGAUGCAAUACUUCUGGGUGUUGAGACCUUGCGUGGGUUGUACCCUAUUGAGACUAUUUCCACUUUUGGCAGAAUUUGUUCAGAGGUAAUUUCAUUUCAUAUCUCAGUGGAAUAAUCAAUAAUACACUAUGGUAUGACUGACCUGAGUUCAUGCAAGUAGAUUUCCAUGAUAUUAACAAGCAAAAUGAGAACAAUUAGAAGAUUAGUUUAGUCGUUUAGAUUCAUCUUCAACCUUAGCACAUUAUAAUAUUAACAGAAGUCAGAACAUAGAUUCAUUUUUAUUAUUUUCUCUUACUGUCUUAUGGUGAUUUAUCUUGUAUAGC